UGCGCAUUUUACGCACUCAGCGCGCCCGAUCCUUCAUUAAACCAAAACCGAGAGGAGACUCUGGAGUUGGCGGAGUGCUUCCCCGAUGCUGUAACGACUGCGAUCCGUGGAAAAGUGUGGGAAUUAAUCCACAGAGAGGCGUAUGAAUCGAGGGUUCCUGCUAUCCGACGUUGGAUUUUGGAGCAGCUUACUGAGGGGUCUACGCCCUACCAGCUACUUUUACUGUCAUUAUUGGUAGCUGGCAUUUGGGAUUACAAUUGUCGAAGCAGCCGUUAGCAUUAGCAUUCAGUUCCUAGUUGUCCACAGCUGGCUGUCCCCACUGCCCACUGGGAGUUAUUUAUUGCCCUUAGCGUUAACGUUAGCUUGAGUUUGCCGUUAGCCUUUUACCACCUCGCCCGCUUAGCAUCAAACCAUUGGAAUUAGCGCUGAGCACACGUCUGCAGAUUAACGUCAGCUGCCAGUAUGGAGCGCAGUAGCUGGAGCGGCAGUGAGAGUGCAGGGGAGGACAUGGACAGACUGAGUGACUCAGGAGGAGAUAAGACCAUGGAUGGGGACCCUGAGGGGGUCUGGAGCCCUGACAUCGAGCAGAGCUUCCAGGAGGCCCUGGCCAUCUACCCGCCCUGUGGAAGGAGGAAGAUUAUACUGUCCGAUGAAGGAAAGAUGUACGGUCGAAAUGAGCUGAUAGCCCGAUACAUCAAGCUCCGAACAGGCAAGACGCGGACAAGGAAACAGGUAUCCAGUCACAUCCAGGUCUUAGCCAGAAGAAAAUCCAGGGAGUUUCAAUCCAAACUAAAGGACCAGAACGCCAAGGAGAAGGCUCUGCAGAGCAUCUCCUCCAUGUCCUCGGCUCAGAUCGUCUCAGCCACCGCCAUACACAGCAAGCUCCUGCCUGGAAUAGUACGAGCCAGCUUCCCCGGCAACGCACAGCUGUGGCAGGGGAUGAUUCCUGGAGGACAGUCCAGCUCCACCACAGAAGAUAUCAAGCCGUUCUCUCAGCAAGCCUACUCCGUGCAGACAGCAGGGACCACCACAAUCUCAGGCUACGAGCCUCCCACUGCAGCCCAAACACACAGAGAGCCGGCGUGGCAGGGUCGCUCCAUCGGCACCACCAAACUACGACUGGUGGAGUUCUCAUCUUUCCUGGAGACACAGAGGGACCAAGAGGCAUACAACAAGCACCUGUUUGUGCACAUCAGCCAGAGCAGCCCGAGCUACAGCGACCCCCUGCUGGAGUGCGUGGACAUCAGGCAGAUCUACGACAAGUUCCCAGAGAAGAAGGGGGGCCUCAAGGAGCUGUUCGGCAAGGGCCCGCAGAACGCUUUCUACCUGAUCAAGUUCUGGGCCGACCUGAAUCACAACAUGCAGGAUGAUCCCGCCGCCUUCUACGGCGUCACCAGCCAAUACGAGAGCUCGGAGAACAUGACCAUCACCUGCUCCACCAAGGUCUGCUCCUUCGGCAAGCAGGUGGUCGAGAAGGUGGAGACGGAGUACGCAAGGUUUGAAAACGGGCGCUUCGUCUACAGAAUCAGUCGCUCGCCCAUGUGUGAAUACAUGAUCAACUUCAUCCACAAGCUCAAGCACCUGCCUGAGAAAUACAUGAUGAACAGUGUGCUGGAGAACUUCACUAUUCUGCUGGUUGUGAGCAACAGAGACACUCAGGAGACCUUGCUGUGUAUGGCGUGUGUAUUCGAGGUGUCCAACAACGAGCAUGGAGCACAGCACCACAUCUAUCGACUCAUCAAGGAAUAACGCACACACUUCUACACACACACACACACACACACACACACACACACAUAUGGCCUUUGCUUAGUGAUUAAUGCUGACAUUGGAGGUAAAAUGUCUCGAACCUGAAUUCUACAAAAGUGUCUUUCAGCUAAGCAACUCGACAUGAAAAAAGCUGCAUUUUCACUGCUGCUCACGAAACAUCACAGCAGUAAUUGGAUCAUUUUUAAUUAACAUCAAAUAUGACAAGUAUGCUGUAAAAUCCUCCCCAGUAGGAGCAAUUCACCACGGACUGUAAUACUGACUCCAACACGAAUAUCAGAUUCUCAUUAGCUGUCAAAAGCACACUGGCAUUGCAACCAUAGAAACACAUCAGAAUCGACAUGGGUGGUUUUCCCAACAGCAGUUUUCCUGACACCGUUAUCACCAGGAGAUGUCAUGACCGGUGUUGUGCAAGUUACUGAAAAUGACUGAUUACUUACAGUUACUAGUUACUUCUCUCAAAAGUAAUUGAAUUACUUCAUCAGUUACUGCAAAUAAAAGUAUGUAAAGUAACCUUUGCGUUAUAAUAUUUUGUCAUUGUACCCUUUAUCAGUGUAAUGAUUUAUUAUAAAUUAUUAAUACUCCUGACCACCAGAGGGCAGCAAUGUAUAGCGUUUCCUCCCUUGAAGCUACAGUGGCACUGUCUUGAUUAGACUGUGGGAUUUAAAGAUCCACACAGUGCUGGAUGUACGUGUUAACAGAGCUUUGCUACAGUGGUUAAUUAGAAAUAUUACAAUCACUAAGAUGAAAGCAAGCUCACAUUGCACCACCAUUAGAUUAUAAACUGGACAGUCAGGGGAAGAGGCUGCGUUUGUCUGCUGUCCCCUGCAGUGUCCACUAUUGGCAUGUAAGACAAAGAUAAUGAGAAUGAGCCCAUUUAAAUUUCAGUAAAUGUAAUUGCAUUAUUUAGUUUGAAAAAGUAAUUAGUUUCAUGUCUAUGCCCAAAAUAGUGAAAUUACCACUGUUUUAAAAUGACUCCCACACUGGUCAUGACUCCUGCUAACUGGUUUGUCUCCCAGUAAAUUUGUAUGGAGCUGCUCCGAUGAUGGAAAUGAAAGCGGUGUUCAUGUCGUGUGCUAUUGGGAAAGUCCACCCAGGGAGAAAAACAAAAAUCUCACAAGUUUCACCCCCCUGUGACAGAAGUGUGUGUGUGUUAUCUGCCAAGAUACUGAUGGACACUGAAGGUCAGACCCUGUGUAUCACCAAUAAGCAGAGAAGGAAAUAACACUACUGCAUUAUCAUAUAGUACAAUAUAGAGGUGUUUUGUACAGAUAGCCACUGCAAAUUGUGUGAGCUGCAUUCUUGCACAAAAAAGAGGUUUGUCCCAAAGAAAAGAAAUCAAAUUUUUACCUUUUUGUAUGUUUUCUUUCAAAAAUAAUAGCUUCUAAACUUUGGGAAAUUGUUUAUUGAUAGUAGCACAUAGACUAUAUUUUAAUUCCAGGAACACUAUCUAAAAUUUAUGUAAUAAGAAAGUAUAAGUGAAAUUGAAAAAUUCAGGUACCUUUUUGUGCAACAAGUGACUCUUCAUCAAGAUUGAAUAAAUAAAUGAGUAAGCAUGUGAAAGCUAUAAUCCUUAAGAUUUUCAGUACUGGCUGAUCAGUGUCAGAGCUAACCCUCACGCUUCCUGUGAGUGUGUCACAAUAAAAGCCAUCCAGUGUUUCAUCAGUUGAAUGUUUUUAAUGUGAAGCAGGAGCAGCAGAAAAUGUUGGGUUGGCAUUAGCAGCAACUUAAUACAGCUCUGAUGCGGCUGUGGGAGAGUGAACAGUGACACUACAAACAUGUGGAUGGCAGAUUACCAUAUCGAGGUAAUCAGAGAAUUUAAAUGUAUUUAAUGGCUAUUGUUGACACAAAUGCAGACCAUAACAAGUAAAGAAAAAAAACACAGGGUUUGACUACAUGAAAAUCUUAAGGAUUAUGACUUCAAAUAUGAAAUAUAUUGUGGUGAGCCCAUUGGGAAGCACUGUGAAUCUUUAAAAACACGCCAUUCAUGGUGCACAAGGGAAAGAAGCGACUAAACAAACCUUUGAUUUUUCUGUUCAGGUUUCACUUUGCAAAUUAAAACUGUCUCAGUUCAGUGUUCUUUCACCAGCUAAUUUGAGCUUUAACAUGUCCACACUGACAUGUGUUCAAGCCUGAAAUGUUAUUACGUCCAUGUGUCAACUGAAGACUGCCCUGACCAGAAGCCUUGACAGCUGUUUUCAUUUGGAGAGCUGACCAUGUCAGGACAGCUCAGUGCUCGUUUGUAACUCUAGAGGACAUUAAUAUUCUUGAAGAUACAGUUCCCUUUGUCUGUCCAGGACUGGUUUCUUCCAAUUAAUGAUAGUAUGUCAUAAUUAAAGUCAUUUGUAGUCAAAAACCAAAAACUGCUGACGAGGUGUGCUGUAGCAGGUGAUGGGCGGUCCCUCUGUGUCAUGCUCAGCAGCAUGAAGUGCCUUUGGUUGGGAACAGCAGUGGACAUUUCUAAUCUGUUUCAUGUCAGUCCUAAUAAUUUGGUGUUGUGGGUGGUGUAUAGACAGGAAUUUUAGUGAAUUUGAGGAACGCAGUAUUUGGUAUCAUGUGCUCCGGUUUUCAGUGUCUGAGGGCUAAUCAUCCAGAUUUCAUAGUGUCCUGUUGUAAUUUCUAGACAGUCAGCACUGACCCAUCCUGAAGAAUUCAAACUGUUUUUAUAUCCUGCAGGAUGGAAAUGAGACACAUUCUUGUUGGUAUUUUAUGGUGGCAUCUACAUGUAUGUGCAUUUGUGUAUUACACGUAUGUGUGACAAAUUCAUGUUGAAACAGCUUGCACACUUGGUAUUGUCUGGUGUCUCUUUAUAAAAUGCAACUGAACUUGUUACAACUACAAAAAAAACAAAAAAAACAAUUCAAAUUCGCGUAUCUUUACAUCCCUGCUGUUAAAUAACUGAAGAUCUGGGCCAUUAUUGACCGUAGAAUUAAUCCAGUAUUAUUGAAGGCAUGUUCAUGCAGUAGGAGGAAGUCCUGAUUGGUCGAAAACGAAACGAAAGUUUCUGGAAACAGAAAACAGCUACUCUUACUCUGUCCAAAGUUAACAAAAAGUCCACCUACCAGCACCUCUCAAACUCUCUGAUUAACAUGUUGUAUGGAUUUUUUUUAAUCCACACAAAAACCAAAAUGUUAAAAUGACAAGUUGUGGUUUACCAAAAGUUAUCUGCAUUUUACUGCUCUGUAAUGUCAUUUCUACGCUUUGCUUUUGGUAUGGAUGAAACAAGUAACACGUCACUGUGUUAAGUGAGCUAUAGAGGUGCUGGUAGCUGGUCUUUCUUAGUAUUACUGCCAGUUCAAGCUAACAAGCUGCUGGCUGUAGCUCCUUCAGACUCUUGACAGGAAAGCCAAACAUUGUAUUUUCCAAAAUGUUAAACUCUUUCUUCAAAACUCACAUGAAAAUAAGGUAAAAACUACCCUACAAUGAGCAACCCGUAUGGACAAAAAUGCAUCAACAUCUGGUCUUUAUUCAACAAAUAGUAGCAAAGUUUGCCAGAUAACCUGCUUCUCAGAGAGACCCCAGACCUCCUUUUGGGGGCUGGUGGUGCUAAGAUUGUCACGUAGGCUGACCAAGACUUAAACAGACACCAAAACGACGUGCAUGUUAACGAAUGAGGCUGAGAUCUGUCACAUCUUACGUGUGAAGGAAAAGUGCUGAGACUCACAGGAUGUGUUUCCUGUGGGACCAGCUGGGGCGCUCUGUGGUGUCCAGCCUACCCAGCAACCUGCAGAAAAAACACUGCAGAUGUACUCUGCGUUCAGGGCAGCUGUUACCAUCUUACCACAACUGAAACGAGCCAUCUUCAGUCCGAAGCAGCCUGCUGUUAAAGAUUUAGUCUUAACGAGUAAUGAGAAAUGUCUGACUCAGAUCUAAAGACUCCUGUGGGUGUCUCGGGGUUACAGCCACCUGUCCAACAAAACGCAACCUUUACAACUCACCGGUGAAUCAUUCAGUCAGGAAAACCCCUUUGAAAACUCCCCUGCUUCCACUUUCCCAGAGUUUUGCCUCACUCUGCAGUAGUUUUUUUGUUUGCAGGCAAACUGCUGGACCUUCACAGCAGAGCACCAACAUGUAACAUGUACACGGUAACCUAACUCGCAGCCUCAGAGGGGCUGAUUUUGCAAUAAUGACUCUGUCUGGACACAUCUACACCCUCCUUACCAAAGACAGUCAUCAUGUGACAUGAAAUACAGAGGAAAAGGGAUUUAUUACAAGCUAGAGUAAUUUACAAGCUUCUGCCAAAAAAAAUAGUUCCAAGGAAAAGCACUAUCAGCCUGAGACAUCUGUAGCUCACGGCUACGCUGGAAAAAUAAGAACAAUGAACAGUUCUGGAAAAUAGGAUUAAAAAAAGUUCAUAUUUUUGAACCUGGUUUAGAAAAGCGUGCUUUAACAUGCUUGGCGUCUUUAAAGACAUUUUAAUUUGAUGUGAUCAAAUGCUGACACCUCUCAUGGCCUCGGCUGGCAGACCGGAGGAGCCCUGUACGAGAAAGCCUCUUAAAACGCCCUAAAUGUCAGUUAAACUUAGCGAGGGCUCGACUGCAGAGCUCUACUGUUAAACAUCCACUCACUACGAUCAGCUGGGAAAUGUGCUCACACUCACAAAGUCACACAAACAGCAGUGUAUACGCGACGCCAGCGAGUUUGUGAAUCAUCGUCGUCUGUGUUGUUAGUGUCGUCUUGUAUGUGCAAGUUGGAUAUUUAUCUUCUUUUCAGAACCACAUGUGGCACAGAAAUCCUGUCUGUAAUCAGUUCCAAAAUGGCCUUGAAUCUUCUCACUCCGGUGCACGUGCAGCACAUCUGCGUGUGCGCUGAGGGUUUUUGAUAAGGUGCUUUGUAUAAAGGUGACAAUAACGUUUAUUACAGAUGUUGUGUAUAUCUUUGAUAUUCUAAUGUUUAUCCUAUUUUGCAAAGAAGAGAGUACAUUUAGGAAAAUCCAAAAGCUAGUGAUGUUGUGUCUAUUGGUACUGCACAGGGUCUGAUCUUUGCUUUGUAACUUUUCCCCCCCCUCAUGGCUAAAAGUAUGUUAGAUAUUUUCUAGCUUUGUAGAGACUUUGUAAGCAUAUGCUAUUCAGUUUAAAUAAAUGGUC